UACAAUACUUUAUAAACGCUAUUAAAUCAAGUUUCAAUCAAUAGCGUUGCUAGGGACAUUACGCUUGACUAUAUUUAGAAUGAAAUCAAGAUAACAAGGAUAUCAAGUAAAGUGCGUGCAGAUAUGUUUAAACACAAUAUUAUUUGCAUUAUUUACUUUACAGGGCUUUGUCAGCUGAUACAAGAUGUAUUUUGUGACGCGGACAAAGAUAAAGAAAUAUCCAUUAUGUUUUAUAAGGGCAAAUACGACACAUAUUGUGGUUCGGGACAAGUUCUAAAUGGAUCCAACUGUAUAAAUGUGACAGAAUGCACUAAACCAGUACUGUAUAAUAGACAGUGUUUACAACGGUGUCCGGAUGGAUACAUUUACGUUACGAUGGACACUAAAUAUAAUUAUGACUAUUCAAAUCCGAAGAAAUACUAUUAUACCAGAGCUGACAUCAAUGAAAAUCCAUGUUUAGACCAAACAAUGAUAUGGUUGCUCAUACUUUCUGCUGUUAUUGCAAACUUUGUUUACAUUCUACUUGUAUGGCUUUAUUUAUCAACAAAACAAUUUUCGUCUAAAAAACUGAAAUCCUGGUUUGUACACUUCUGCGUAAGAAGACCUCGAGAUGGAGAAAGGCAAAGGCUAAUAAAUGAAAAUUCUGAUGAUGGUGAAGGCUUUUUGCGUUCCUAAUGUUUGACUCAGUGAUGCUAAAACAUUAUAUUUCUAUCACUGCUGAAUGGAAUACUUUAUUAUUUCUUUUUGUGGUAGCGUCAAACGAGGGUCACAAAGAUUUUGAAUUUGAUUCUCAUUUUAGAGAAAGUUUUCAGUUGAAGUGUUUAUUUGGAGCAACAGACUGCAUAUCAAAACGGGAUAAGUUUGAGUUGAUGAAAGUUGGAAUAAUGCAGUCAGUAAAAGUUGUUCCAUUUGUAUAUCUUCUAAAUGCAUUGACCACAGUUGUUAGACGCAACGAAUGGUCAAGAUCUGUUAUAUCAGGUUCAUUAAAUAUAUAAUUUAACCAUU